GCUGUCAGAGGGCUAAGGUACAAAAAAGGAUAUCUAGUUGGCUGAACGCGGGCUGUUCUUUACAUCUUUCGAGUGACGCAGUGUCAGCACAAUACAUAACAGCAAAGAUAUUGGAUGGAACUUGAUAUAUUUCUACUUUUGUAGAUUUCCGCGUUUGUUUUUAAAAGGACUUGCUCUCUUCCUUGUUCUGUUGCGAGUAUUACUUCGAACAUCAAAUAAUAGUGAAAUAAUCAUCUGAAACUGAAUAUAUGUUAUUAUUUAUCUACGCAUGAUUGAUCUGAAGAAAGAAAAUAUAUCAGAGCUUAUCUGAAACGUAAAUAUUUAUUUAAUAAAAAGCACGAAUACCACGUUUUAAAAUAAAUUUGUAUAAAUAGGAAUUUUCUUUUUUACUUUCUUCGUGCCAUUUCAGUACAGGAUUUAAAUGUAUAAUUUAUACUAAUUUAACUCAAAAUAACUGCGUGUUUGUAGGACAUCAGCUGAAGAUAUGAGCUUAAAUUAUGUUUUUUAAUUAAGAAUCAUUCAUCUCUACGAUGAACUGAACACUAUAUAUUUAUUGGAAAACUUGUCAUUGCUAUUUAUUUCAGUUUAAUUUAUGCAGUGAUGCUACUUAGAGAAGAACAGAAGAAUAUAUUUUCAUGGAAACUGAGAAUAUUAUUGUUCAUCUUUUUAUCUGAAAAUUUCAUUCAUAUACAUGGUUAUCACCACGACAUUUUGGAUGACUAUGGACGAUACCAUUUAUUUUGGAAAGUCGACAAAUCAAAUGAAAGACUUUUAUUCAAAAUAGAAGUUCAAACCAGAGGUUAUGUGGCUUUGGGACUGUCGCCUCACGGAGGUAUGCCUGGCAGUGAUAUCGCUUUUGGUUGGGUAAAGAAUGGCAAGGCAUUUCUUCAGGAUCGUUAUGCUCACAAAAAUGGACUCCCUAUACUAGAUGAUCAACAAGACUGGGAAUUAUUGAAUGGCUACGAGAACAGGACGCAUACUAUACUUCAGUUCAGCAGAAAGUUCGACACUUGCGAUCAACAAGAUCUGCCUGUUACGAAUGAUACAGCUCGUGUUAUUUAUGCAUAUCACGACGAAGAUCCAUUGUCUGAUGAAAUGUUCUCUUACCAUGGAAAAGACAAGAGAGGGUCAAAGAGUUUGGUUCUUUUGCAACCAGGGUCGGAGAAGUAUCAGCUUCCAAAUGAUGUAAAGUUAUGGCAUAUUCGUACGCCUAAUAUAACAGUACCAGAUGACGUUGAUACAACCUAUUGGUGCAAGAUUGUCAAAGCACCGCCUCUAAAUAAAAAGCAUCACGUUAUUAAGGUGGAGCCACUUGUCUCGAGGAAUAGUGCUCGUUACGUUCAUCAUAUGGUUCUUUACAGAUGCUUAGGAGCUACUGCAAGAGAAUUAGAGCCUCAUGUCCAUCACAAUGGACAUCCCUGUUAUGUUCCAGAUACUCCGCACACCUACUCCAAAUGUGAAAGUGUAUAUGCUGCAUGGGGCGUUAGAGGACAGGCUAUGGUAAUGCCAGAAAAAGCAGGGUUGCCACUUGGAGAUAAACCAAAUCUUUAUUUUUUACUAGAAAUACAUUAUGACAAUAGUGAAUUCCGUUCUGGUAUUGUUGACGAGUCUGGAUUUCGUGUUUACUUUACUCCGAAUUUAAGAAGAUACGAUGCUAUGACAUUAAUGAUUGGAGCUUCUGUAGAUCCGUGUAUAGUCGUGCCACCCGGAAGAAGGAAAUUCAUCGUUGCUGGACAUGCUGAUCCCAGGUGUCUCGGACCAGCAAUACCACCAGAAGGCAUUAGGAUUUUUGCAGUAUUUCUACACUCUCAUCUCUUGGGCCGACAAAUGAAGCUGCGACAUUUUCGAAAUGAUGUGGAACUUCCUUAUAUUGCGUCAGAUAAGAAAUAUGAUUUCAAUUAUCAGGAAUACAGAUAUCUAAAACAGGAAGUCAUAAUCAAACCAGGAGAUCAUCUAACUGUGGAGUGCACCUAUGACUCAACGGGAAGAAACAUGACAACUUUUGGAGGACUUGGAACUGGUCAAGAGAUGUGCUUAGCAUUUGUCUUAUAUUACCCUCGAAUAGCAAGAGCAAGAGCACUUAGCAGCGCUACAUGUGAUCUGGUGAAGAGUUUAGCUGGAAUGGACUCGAAGCAUACUAACGCAGAUGAUGAUAACUCCAAUUUUACUUUCUAUCAACAUUUCCAUACAAAUAAUCCGUGGGAUUCUAAUUACGCCGGUAUAGCUGAAGCAGCUAUGAGGUACGGUUACCAUACAAUACAGUGUUUUCUUGGAGAUGGUAGAAGGCUGCAAAUAUCAGGUCUUGUUACCUAUCCUAGGAACAUAAGAGUCUACAAUGAACCAUCGCGAUGCACAUACGUGACUUCAUCUCAAGAACACUGGAAAGACCAUUUCUACUACACCUCUGGGAGCACAAAAACGUUUUUAAAUGUAUAUUUUUAUGCCUUCUUUUAUAUCGUCUCAUAUUUAAUUUUAUCGCCUUUUGCAAUGAUCAUUUGAAAUUCUUUCAUAUAAUAUGUACAAAUAGUCAAGCUGCAAAAACAAACUUCUAAUGCUUCCUGUUAGAAGCAACCGAAGCAAGUCAUUUCUGUAUGUACUUUGUGUUUUGAGCUUUUAAAACGAAUAGAAUUUUUAUCACAUCUGAGGUGGACUCGGAGAGAGGCAGGAAAAGAACUCUAAGAGUAGCUUCCUUUUCUUAACGCACAGUUACUUCGCACCCUCGAUGAGCUAUUAAGCUUGUUUGUAAUGUAUAAUGCUUGUAAACAAAAAAUUAAAGAUUAUUUUUCAUUCUAAA